UACGUCGUCCCGUAGAGACCAACGCAGAAUCUGGCACUGGUAAAUAUGGAUGUCUGUAUCGUUGCCAUGGUAAUAUUGGUUGUUCUAAUUAUACUGAAAUUAAUUGAGAUCAGUUUCAGAAGGUCAUACAUCGAUGACAUCACAAAGGACAAGUAUGUCUUGAUAACCGGCUGUGACACAGGUUUUGGAAAUGAGCUCGCCAAGCAAUUGGACCUCAAAGGUGUGAAUGUGAUAGCUACCUGUUUAACAGAGAAAGGUCGUCGAGAUAUUGAGCAGACUUCUUCUGGUCGGGUCAUGACAUUACUACUGGAUGUUACAAAACAUGAAAGCAUCAUCAAUGCAUAUGGACGAGUGAAGAGCAUUAUUCCGAAUCAAUCAGCACUAUGGGGUGUGGUGAACAACGCUGGAAUAUCGGUCACUCCCGGUCAAUUUGAGUGGAGCAGGCGAGAUGACUACGAGAAAACCAUGGCCGUUAACUUCUUUGGCGCCGUCGACGUCACUCUGACGUUUCUACCACUUUUGAAGAAGAGCGGUGGUCGAUUGGUGAACGUCACCAGCUGUGCAGGACGCAUAGCGGCGGUGACAGGGGGCUAUUCUGAGUCCAAGUUUGCGUUAGAAGCUUUUUCAGAUAUCAUUCGGAGAGGACGUAAGCUAUUUGGAUACCAGUAUAGAGUCAGCAUCAUCGAGCCUGGUUUCUUUGCCACCAAACUCACAUCAAGGGAUUGUAUAACUCAAUCGGUAGAGGGCUCCUGGAAUAGACUGUCAAAUGAAGAGAAAGAAGAGUUUCCCGAAAGGAUCAUGCAUGAAUGUAUCGAAAGGAAAGUCAAUGCCAUGGAUUAUCUCGCAUCGAAUGAUACCAGUCAGGUCACCAAUGCCAUGGAGCACGCCCUCUUUGCCAAGUGGCCAAAAUCCAGAUACAGUGUAGGCUGGGAUGCCAAACUUCUCUGGAUUCCGUUGUCUUACAUGCCAUCGUGUAUUGCGGAUACUCUGUUAAAGUGGUAAAUAAUUUACAUGCCGACCAAUAUCAAUUGUGCAAGCAUCGUACAAUCUUUUUGUGUGCAUCCUGUGUUAGAGCGACAGAAAUGUAUCAGCUAAACUACAUUUGUUUAUAAAAGUUAGAAGAAAAAAAACAAAUCGAUAUUUUGUUUCGGGCAUUCGAUGAUAUUUGUUGGAGGGGCAAGUGUGUGUUGAAUUAGGAGGUUUCAGUAUAAUAGUAAUGGCUUGUUAAGAUGUUAAAUGUGAACUGUAUGUGCAUUUAUAUACAUUGUCAUAGUUUUAGCCAUAUGUUUAAAUUAAACAUACAAUUUAAAAAGAAAAUGUUAACAUAAACAGCAUUUUGCCUCUUAUGGUUGACCAUUUUCCAUAUAAAUUUGGAAUUAGGGGAUGAUUAUAAAUAAUUGAUAAUACAGAACCUUCGAUUCCCAAAAGCUUUUGAAAGAUAUUUGGGAUAUUACGACGAACUCUCACAUAAAUUUUCGAAAAAUAAAUCUGGCCCCUUAUUUUGCCAACCUCCCGUGCAGGGAUCAGCAGUAUGCAAGUAUCAAUAAUAACUCUAAUGGAGUCCGUUUGCGUUUAUAUAAACUAACCGUGAACGAAAAGUAAUAAGACCCCCGGUAAGACCCUCUCCAGUGACCCUCUGACUUAUUUAAAGAAAAGAUGCGUGGGCAGGGUUAGAUCCAUCUUGGAUUUCGAGGCUUAUCGAUUCAAAUUCUUCAGAAUUAGGGCUCCUGGACGAUGAUGAGUUCCCCAACUUACUUCCCUAUGCAUGCUAUGGGUGUAGAAAACUUUACU